AUGGGAAUCGCGAGGAAGAUCUUCGAUGAGAUGCCGGUGAGAGAUGUCGUAUCGUGGAACUCGAUUAUUUCGGGGUUCUUGCAGAAUGGAGAGCAUGGGAAGGCAAUGGCUGUUUUCUCUGAAAUGGGUAGAUCAGGUGUGAAGUUGGAUAGGACGACUUUUGCUGUUGCUCUAAAAGCUUCUGCUGGUUUAGGAGAUUGCUAUGUGGGUGUUCAGAUUCAUGGGUUAGCAAUCAGGUUGGGGCUCGUUAAUGACGUUUUCACAGGCAGUGCGCUGCUUGACAUGUAUGGAAAAUGUAAUCGGGUGGAUGAUUCGCUCAGGGUGUUCCGAGAGAUCCCAGAGAAAAACUGGGUUUCAUGGAGUGCCAUGAUUGCUACUUGCACUCAAAAUGAUAGAUUGUUCAUGGGGUUAGAGCUGUUCAAUGAGAUGCAAAACACUGGAGGAGUAGGGGUCAGUCAGUCAAUCUAUGCCACCAUUUUCAGAUCCUGUGCAGGCCUAUCUGCUUCAGAUCUAGGAGCUCAAUUCCAUUGUCAUGCUAUCAAGACUGAUUUUGGAUCAGACGUGAUAGUGGGAACUGCAACACUCGAUAUGUAUGCAAAAUCUGGAAGCAUCGGAGAUGCUCAUAAGAUAUUUAACUCUAUGCGAAAGCAUAAUCUACGGUCGUACAAUGCCAUUAUUGUUGGGAGCAUUCUGUGGUUGUGCGUCAAUCAAAGAUUAGUUUCUGGGACUGCAAUGAAUGCAUUAACGAUGAAGACUGUUUUUGGCACAAAUGUCUGCGUGGUGAAUGCCAUGAUUGACAUGUAUGGUAAAUGUGGAGCUUUAUUUGAAGCUACCUCUGUCUUCAAUGAGAUGAUAUACAGGGAUGCAGUGUCCUGGAAUGCCAUAAUUGCAACUAAUGAGCAGAAUGGCAGUGAAGAUAACACACUUCCGCUUUUCUCUUUGAUGCUUCAGUUUGGAAUGGACCCUGAUGAAUUCACCUACGGCAGUGUACUUAAAGCAUGUGCAGGCCAGCAAUCUGUAGGCAGCGGCAAGGAAAUCCAUGGAAGAAUCAUCAAAUCCGGAUUGGGUUUGGAGCCAUUCAUUGGGGGUGCUCUUGUUCACAUGUACUGUAAAUGUGGAGCUAUGAAGGAGGCCAAGAAAAUCCACGAUAGAAGUGACCCACAACCGAUGGUUUCAUGGAAUGCGAUUAUUUCAGGAUUCUCAUUGCUACAACAGACUACGGUUGGUCUAGGAAUGCAGAUUCAUGCUCAGGUCAUAAAGCAACAACUGCAGUCCGAUGUGUACAUAUCGAGUACACUGGUGGACAUGUAUUCAAAGUGCGGUAAACUUCAAGAUUCAGAACUUAUGUACGAGAAAGCACCAAAAAAGGACCUUGUGGCAUGGAACAGUCUGAUAUGCGGUUAUUCACAGCAUGGUCUUGGAGAAAAGGCAUUGAUGUUAGAGCCGGAUGACUCUUCUGCUUAUAUUCUUCUCUGCAACAUUUAUGCUGAUGCUGGGAUGUGGGGCAAGGUUUCUGCGGCUAGGAGGAUGAUGAAGGCGAAUAGGCUUAAGAAGGAACCAGAUUGCAGCUGGAUUGAGAUUAGAGAUGAAGUGCAUCGAUUUGUCAGUGGAGACCAGUCCCAUCUGAGAUGUGACAACAUAUACAAAAAUCUCAGCCUGCUGGUUGAUGAGAUGAAGUGGACUGGUGACAUGUCAUUUGAGUUCCACUUAUAA